CUCAUGCUGUCAUUAAAACACUAAUGUCAAAUGAUCCAUCUCUCCCAUCACUAUUUGAUUUCACUUUUGGUCAUAUGUCUGACUCUGACUUUGACACACCAUACCAGCUUAUUUCAAUACAAUUAAGAUGGAAUGGAAUGCUAUCUGGUUACUGUACAUCUCCUUUUCAGAAAAGGAACAUCACUGUGUGGUCACUUUGUUAGAAAGUCACUCCCACCCCCAAGUCCCUCUGGCAGCUGAAGAGAUUGGACGAGAAGUAGCUCUCCAAUCAUUAGUCAGGACAGCAUGCUAUUUUACACCAGCAGUUCAGCUAAAGGCGGAGAAGAGUCCAGUGUUGACUGGUGACAGACAAAGCACCAUGAGCUCCUUUGGGUACAGGAGGGAACUGGACAAGUAUGAGAAUGUGGACGAAGAGGAGCUUCUGGCCACGCUAAGCGAUGAGGAGCUCCGAGAGCUGGAGAGAGAGCUGGCGGACAUUGAGCCUGAUGAUGCUGUUCCCACUGGGCUGAGGCAACGCGAUCAGACAGCCGGCAACCCAACAGGCUCUUUCUCCUCAGACGCCCUCCUAAAGCACUGGGACAAUGACUGCCCAAGGCUCCUGGAGGUUGGGGGCAACAUGGAGGAGGGCCAGACUGAUAAGAGGGAAGUGGACAGUGUGACCUGGGGUGAUGGUCAAUCCUCAGCACUGAAGGACGCUGACAGGAACAUACAGAGAGAUAGCAGGAGUGAAGCUGGCAAGACUGGAGGGGGGGAAAGGGAAGAAUACCAGCAGUUGCAUGUUAACAAUUCCCAUCCAGGUCACGGAGAGGUCACAACAACUUUGCCCUGUAGGUUCAAAGGUCCUAAGAACCGCAGCAUCAUUCCAAACCACAAGCUAAAGUCAGCCCCUGAACAACAGACAAGAAACCCCGUUGUGAUCGAUGAUGUGCUGGAGAUGGUCAUCUGUAACAAGGCCGCUCUGAAAGAGAUCAAUCUGAACAACGCAGAGGACAUCCCCAUGGAGACCCUGGUGCGCUUAGCCGAGGCUUUGAGUUUAAACACACACGUGCGAGUGUUCAGCCUGGCCAACACCCACGCCAACGACCACGUGGCCUCCAGCGUAGCACGCAUGCUGCACAAGAAUAGCACGGUUGCCACGGUGAACAUGGACUCCAACCUCAUCUCAGGCAGCGGCGUCCUGACCCUGAUGGCCUCGCUGAGGCACAACAGCACGCUGAAGGAGCUCCGCCUCCACAACCAGCGGCACAUGUGCGGCGGUAGGGUGGAGAUGGAGAUGGUGCAGCUGCUGCAGGAGAACACCACCCUGCUGAAGCUGGGCUUCCACUUUGAGCUGCCGGGCCCCAGGAUGAGCGCCACCUGCGUCCUGACGUGGAACCAGGACCGCCAGCGCCAGCAGCGCCUGCAACAGCGCCAGCAGCAGAACACUCACUCACAUCGCACCAAUGGACCGACAGGAUGUAGCCACGUGUGUGAUGAGGAGACGGAUUCAUCAUCACAAACAUCAACUAAUAGCUUACCCGCUCUCCGUCCACUUCCUCGUUCACCCCCACCUCCUCCUGAGUCUGUGAGGAGCAACAGCCUGCCAACGCGACAGAUCGCUGAGGUGCUCCGGCAACAGGAAGGCUCCUGCUUUGCUACAAGGCACACAAGUAAUCAGAAGCCUGAAAGAGCCAGAACGGAGGUUGUGAAUAAGAAACGGGAAAACCUCUUGCGGGACAUGAAGUCUGCCCUGCGGCCUUCAUCAGUGAGGAAGACUAAGGAGUCAGCGGGGGCCCACUUACCUCAACAGUCAACACACAGUGACCUCAUGGAGGCCAUUCGUAGUAGCAGCGUUCGGUCACUCCGAAGGGUGACUACAUCUCUCCUCAGCUGCUCCUGCAGACUUAUGGACAUGUGAGCUGAUUAGACAGAAGUAUUCCAGCUUUUCCUGCAGAUUUCUUCUGCAUUCACACCCAAGCAGAUAACCAUAUACACUAAUUUA